CGUCUGUUGCAUCGGUGAUGGAAAACACCCGCUGCUUCGCCAACCGCUUCUCCGACUACAAAGGCGCGCUGCUGCCGGGGCAGAGCGCGCAGGACGCCGUGCCCGCGGUGCGCGCCACGAUCGACAAGAUCCUCAAGAAGGUCCCCGUCGACGACUGUGACGGCGGGCUGUACGACGGGCCGGCCGGGGUGGCCUACAUGCUGUACCAUGUCAGCGAGUGUCCGCUCUUCUCCGAGCAGCGCGAGCUCUACCUGCAGGCGGCCAAGCGCAUCAUCGACGUGUCGGUCCGGUACGUGGACGCGGAGCCGGACAAGAACAUGCGCGCAGCCUUCCUGCUGGGCGGGGCGGGCAUCUACGCGGUGGCCGCGCUCAUAUACAAGUCCCUGGGCUCGGCUGACUUCGUCAAGCCGCUGACCAAAUUCCGGAACCUGUGGGAGGUGUGCGCGCCCAUCAGCUUCCUGGAGUGCGGCUCGGACGAGCUGUUCGUGGGGCGCGCGGGGUACCUGUGCGCCGCCCUGGUGCUGAAGCAGAGGCUGGGGAUGGAGAUUCUGAGCAAAGACCAGAUCACAUACAUUUGCCAAGCCAUUAUCGAAUCAGGAAAACAAUACGCCCGGAGGAAGAGGAAGCCUUUUCCUCUCAUGUAUUCAUACUAUGGAACAGAGUAUCUUGGCGCGGCGCACGGCCUCUCCUCCGUGCUGCAGAUGCUGCUGAGCUACCAGGACGCGCUGAGCGGGGCGGAGAAAGACCUGGUGUGGCAGAGCGUCGACUUCCUCAUGAACCAGGAGCAGAACUGCAACUGGCCGGCGGAGCUGGGAGCCAUCAUCGAGAGGGAGAACGAGCUGGUGCACUGGUGCCACGGAGCCCCGGGUGUGGCGUACCUUUUCGCCAAAGCCUAUCUGAUCAACAAGAAGCCUCAGUACCUGGACACCUGCAUCCGCUGCGGGGAGCUGGUCUGGCAGAAAGGCCUGCUGAAGAAAGGACCCGGCAUCUGUCACGGGGUGGCGGGCAGCGCCUACGUCUUCCUGCUGCUGUACCGCCUGACUGGAAACUCCAAAUAUAUCUACCGCGCUCAGAGGUUUGCAGAGUUCCUCUUCACUGAGGAGUUUAAGUCGGGCUCCCACUCAGUCACCAGCAUCUACAGCCUGUUUGAAGGCCUGUCGGGGACCGUCUGCUUCCUGGUGGACCUGCUGCAGCCCGAUCAGUCCGAGUUCCCCCUGUUCACUGUGUUUGUGUGAGCGUGAGCGGACCCGGCAGGACUCGCUCCUUUCCCCGUGAAAUCCCUCAAGGACUUUAGACCUGGGACUGAUUUUAGAAAUCCACUUUGGAGGCCAGCUGCGUUAGAGGAGAGGAAAUGUUCAGGCUUUAUCAGAAUCACUUCGCUCGCCGGAACGUGGCCCGUUUAAAUUUACUGGUCAGUUGCACUAAAGC